AAUCUCAUCUUUUAUUUCCGCCUCUCUCUACUUUCUCUCGUUCUCGCUCACCUGCUCUUUCGACUUCGUUCCACUGCUAACCCUAGGGUUCCACUCUCUCUUUCUUCGCUUACGCUAUAUAGGGUUGCCUUUCUCUGUACUGUUUCUAGUUACUUCUGUAGCUGCUUUUAGCUUCUCUGUCCCUACCUCCUUUGGAUCUCGAUCUGUCGCGGUUUUAAUCGAUGGACUCUGGACUUGCUCGCAAGAGAGGAAGGCCUGAAGCUGCUUUCAAUGGCAAUGGUGGUCUUAAGAGAUCCAAGCAAGAAAUGGAGAACUUUUCUACUGGUAUUGGAAGCAAAUCAAAGCCAUGCACAAAGUUUUUCAGCACUUCUGGGUGCCCAUUUGGUGAAGGUUGUCACUUUCUGCACUAUGUUCCUGGCGGAAUUAAAGCUGUGGCUCAGAUGACUAAUCUUGGUGGCAGCCCAGCUGUCCCGCCCCCUGCUAGAAGCCAGGUGGUUCCACCAUCUUUCCCAGAUGGUUCAUCUCCACCAGUUGUCAAAACUCGAUUGUGCAACAAGUACAACACAGCUGAAGGUUGCAAAUUCGGUGACAAAUGCCACUUUGCUCAUGGUGAGUGGGAACUCGGCAAGCCAACCCUUCCAUUACAUGAUGAUCCUCGUGGCAUGGGGGCUGUUCCUGGCAGAUUACCUGGCAGGAUUGAGCAACCUCCAACGGGGCUUGCUGCUGCUGCCAGCUUUGGAGCCUCUGCUACUGCAAAGAUCAGUGUUGAUGCUUCGUUGGCUGGAGCAAUCAUUGGGAAAGGCGGGGUGAACUCGAAGCAGAUCUGUCGUGUGACUGGAGCUAAGUUGUCCAUAAGGGAGCAUGAAUCAGAUUCGAACUUGAGGAACAUUGAGCUGGAGGGUACUUUUGAUCAGAUCAAGCAAGCCAGUGCAAUGGUAAGUGAGCUUAUUUUCAAUCUUGGUUCUGCUUCUGGUGGUGGGCAUCCCAUGAAGAACCAGACUUUUUCGAACUCUGCUCCAGCGACCCACUUCAAGACGAAGCUGUGCGACAAUUUUGCAAAGGGGUCCUGUACAUUUGGGGAAAAGUGCCACUUUGCCCACGGAGCUGAUGAAAUGCGCAAGCCUGGGAUGUGAGUGAAAAAAGGAUCCUCUGCUUCUUCAACUGUGUUAAUUCUAUUUCUUUUUUAGGACAAAGUUCUUGUUAAUGAUCUUCAGCUGUUGCAUGUGUUGUCCUGGAAUUUGAUUUUUGUUUUUUUUAGAUGUGAAGUUAUUGCAGUUAUCAACAGCUCUAGAUUUUUCCCCACUUAUCUUGGUAUUUACUAGUCUUGGCUCCUCUUGUUUUGUUUUUUAGUUUUUUUUGGUUAUUGAGUUUGUAUUCAUGAUACUGUGUUUUAACACACUGCAUUUCCUGUUGGCAUGUUGUUGUGUUCAUGCCUACUCCAAACUUUUACGAGAGUUGUAGUGUUGACGAGGGGAUGCCUUAGGUUGCCUCUAAUAGAAGGAUGCUGCUGCUUUUUAAA